AUGGGCACGACGGGGAAGCCGCCGCCGCAGCCGGAGCCCGCGUCGGUGGCGGCGGCGAGGAAGCUGCACCUCCUCCUCCGCUCCCGCGACCUGCGCCCGGCGCUCUCCUACCUCGCAACCCUCCCUUCGCCGCUCACACUCCUCCCCAACCACGCCCUCAACGCCCUCCUGCGCGCGCUCGCCGCCGCCGGCCGCGUCCGCGCCGCCACCGACCUCUUCCGCCGCAUCCCCAACCCCACCGCGCACUCCUUCAACUCCCUCAUUGCCGCGCUCCUCGCCCGAGGCCGCCGCCGCGCGGCCAACGCCGUCCUCGCCGCCUUCCUCCGCUCCCCCAUUGCCUCCCCCGACGCCACAACGCUCAACACCCUCCUCCACGGCCUCUCCACCGCCUCCCCUCGCCCCUCGCCUCCCUACCUCCUCGACCUCUUCCGCUUCCUGCCCAGGACCUACGCAUUCGCUCCCGACGCCAUCUCCUACAACUCGCUGCUCUGCGCCCUCUGCCGCGCCGGCGACCUCAUCACCGCGCGCAAGCUGUUUGACGGAAUGCGCGUUGGCACGGAUUCCGUAUCUCCUAACGUCGUCACUUACACGACCAUGAUCAAGGCAUACUGUGCGAGGAGGCUGGCCGACGAGGCGCUUGCGGUCUUCGAAAUGAUGGCCACGGACGGCGUGGCGCCCAACAGGAUCACCUACAACACGAUGCUGCAGGGGUUCUGCGAGGCCGGCAGGAUGGAGCUUGUGAAGGGAUUGCUAGAGACGGACUCGUUUAAGCCAGACACGUGCACAUUCAACACGCUGAUGGCUGCACAUUGCAGGGAAGGCCGGAUCAAGGAGGCGGUGGAGGUGUUCGGCCAGAUGGUGGAGCUCCGUGUGAGCCGCGACUCCGCAAGCUAUAGCAUGGUGAUCCGGGCGUUGUGUGAGAACGGGCAGUUUCUGAGGGCUGAGGGGCUUGUGGAUGAGCUUUUGGAGAAGGAGGUGCUCAAGAAGCGAGGGGGUUGUGUCCCGCUCAUUGCGGCAUACAACCCAGUUUUCGUGUACUUGUGCGAGAAUGGGAAGGCAAAGAAGGCAAGGAUGCUGUUUGGGCAGCUAUUGGAUCGAAGGAGCAAGGUUGACUUUGCUGCAUUCAAGACACUAAUUCUAGGGCACUGCAAGGAGGGGGAUUUUGAAGAAGGGUACCAGUUGGUGUUGUCAAUGUUGAAGAGGGAUCUUGUGCCUGAUGAUGAAUGCUACAUUGCUGUGGUAGAAGGAUUUUCGCAGAAAGGGAGGAUGAAGAUUGCAUGGGAGGCCCUACAUAGGAUGUUGAAUAGUGGUCUCCGGCCUAGCACAAGCACGUUCCACUCAGUUCUCUUGGGGCUUCUGAAAAAAGGCUGUGCAAAAGAAGCUGCGGAUUUGAUUGAUAUAAUGCUCGAGAGGAAAAUCCGCCAGAAUUUGGAUCUUUCAACCAAUCUGAUUGAUGCAUUGUUCAAAAGCAACCUAAACGACCGUGCUUACAAAAUCAUUACAUCUCUAUAUGACCAUGGCUAUUACAUCAAGAUGGAAAAUUUAAUCGGGGGCCUUUGCGAAGAAAAGAAGUUCACAGAGGCAGCGGAACUUACUUUGUUUAGCUUCCACAAGAAGGAAGACUUGGGUCUGUCGAUAUGCAGCAUGGUUCUUGAUGGUCUUUGCACAACUGGCAGAGCAUCAGAUGCGUUCCGGCUUUUCUAUGAACUCAUCGAGAGUGGAAGCAGUUCUGCUGCUGCUGAACCUCGCAGUUUGGUUGCACUUCAUCAUGCACUUGAGGAAGAUGGAAAAAUGAAAGAAGCUGAUUUUGUUGCUAAACAGAUGAGGCGUGCAGCUGCCAGAAUUAGGCAAAUGGUCUGA